CGCAAUGCAGGCAAAAUGACCCCCCAAAGCCCAAGGUGGAUCGCGACAGCUGGACGAUUACUUAAGCGCGGACCCGCACGACGACCAGAAAGGAAAAGAUACAACCAACAUCACUCCAGCCCCAAACAACUCCAUCUAAACCCAAUCUUCCAUUCCCCAACCAUGCCCACAGACCCAGUAAAGCUGUUACAAACCGACAAUGACGGGACACCCUCACCCCGUCCGGAUUCCCAAAUCGACCAAGCCAUCGCCGUCAAAUACUGGAGCGACAAACCCGCAACAGUGAACGGCAUGCUUGGCGGCUACGCCCAAGUCUCACGGACCGAUCUGGGCGGAUCCCGGAACUUUCUCGCAAAGGCUCGUCGAUUAGUUCCCGGGUGUCCGGCGACGGGGAAGCUCAAGCGCGGUGUGGAUUGCGGGGCUGGGAUCGGCCGUGUGAUUAACGAUUUUCUUGGUCAGGAGUGCGAGGUUGUUGAUGCCGUUGAGCCGGUGGAGAAGUUUUCCCGGGUGUUGAGUGAGAGGCGGUUGACGAGGAAUUGUGCGCUGGGGGAGGUGCUGACUAUUGGUAUUGAGGAUUGGGUUCCUGGGGUUAAGGUGUAUGAUCUUAUCUGGGCGCAGUGGAGUGUGCCCUAUUUGACGGAUGCGCAAUUGGUUGAGUAUUUGGUGCGGUGUCGGGGUGCUCUGACGGAUGUUGGGAUUAUGGUUAUUAAAGAGAAUAUCUCUGAGGAACCGGAGGGGGAUAUCUAUGACGAGUCAGAGAGCAGUGUGACGAGGACGGAUGAGAAGCUGAGAAAACUAUUUAAAGAAGCUGGAAUGCAGCUGAUCUUGUCGGAGGUACAAUCGGGCUUUCCUCGACAAUUGAGGCUUUUACCUGUUAUAUCUUAUGCGUUACGACCGAGGAGCUAGAUACGCCGAAUUAUGGACUCUAAUCUCUUGAA